CAACAAUUCAACUUCUCUUCUUCAUUAGAAAAUUAAACUUGCGAGUUUUAGAGAGCUGAUUCUUGUAAAAUGGCUUUAGCUAACAAUGCACAAGCAUUUCUCUUACUUGCAGUAGUGUUCUCAUCCAUGUUUGGUAUUGGACUAGCCAACUAUGACUUCAACUGGGGGCCAAGAACCUGGAACAAAACUAAUUGUCCUUAUACUCAUCCACCAAAUGCUACUCAGACUUCCAAUAAAUUCGUUGUUGGAGGUUCGGAAAAUUGGCAUUAUGGCUUCAACUAUAUGGAUUGGGCUCGCAAGAGUGCUCCUUUCUUUGUUAAUGACACCUUAGUGUUCAAGUAUGAUCCACCAAACGCAAAUGGUACUGGAUUUCCACACAGUGUUUACUUGUUACCAAACUACAGGAGCUUCAUCCGGUGCGACUUCAGGAGGGCUAAAAGAAUAGCAGAUCCAACUCAAGGUGCAGGGGAAGGAUUUGAAUUUGUGUUGAAAAAAAUGCAAACUUACUAUUUUGCUUGUGGAGAACACCAAGGCAUCCAUUGCAAGACUGGCAACAUGAAGUUUGCUGUUAUGCCUCUCAAACAUUGGCGUUUUUAAAUGAAAAGAGAGUUGUAGCUUGUGCUGUCGAUUGGAAAUUGGAAAAUGCAUACUGAUUACACUUUCCUUUUUAUGUUUUUGUGUUUGAAUAAAGAGAUCUAUCUAAACUAAAAUGUAAUAGCAGUUUUUGAUUAGUGGUUAUAAUGUUUAAUGCUUCAAA